AUUCAGCGUAAAUGCCCGAGAUGCCGCUUUCUAUAUUUAGAUUUUGAGGUGUGGGAAUUUUGCGUGUACACAGUGAACGCACAUCCGAAAGCCGUGUGUGUGUGUGUGUGUGUGUGUGUAUGAGAGAGAGUUCCUCUUCGCAAAAUCCAAAAUUGCAAGUAACUAUUGGCUCGCGAAGUGCGACUCCACUUUCAGUUACUGGGUCAAGUUCAAGCAUAACCCCGACAAUUUUCACGAGGCUGCAGAGCGCCUUGGAAUUUUACAUCGUUCAGUCAGUUAUCUGCGAGAUCUUGGAAGACGCUCAAAAUGCGCGCUGCCACACCGUUGUGAAGUGUCGCGAGAUCGCUGGCAGACGGACAGUUUGCGUUCGCGAGACGACACGAGAGAAGUCAACAGGCGCAAAAUGUGCGCACGACUCUUGGCCUGCCCGUUGUGCUCUCAGCCUGGAUUUCUGACACUCGACGCGCUGCGAGCUGGACUCGUGAGUGUGGCGACCCGGCCCCUCGUAUGCCCUGUCUGCAACGAAGUGCUGUUGGGCAUAGACAAAUUAACUAUACACCUGUUCGGUCAUACGAUCAAUCUGAGCAACAACAAUGCGACGACGGAGUCGUCCAAGCACGUAGACGUUGUCCUCCCCGACGAGCGUCUGAUCGCGCUCCAUAAUCUGCACAAUGUCGCCCCGCAGAACUGGAACGCGCUGAUGAAGAUGCAGCAAUUGAACAAGUCGCAAGCUUCGAGCGGGACGAGCAGUCGCGCGGAGUCGUCGGGGAGCAAGGUCCAUGUUACGAACUCACAGUCCCAAGUGCAGAAUCAAGACUCGCUUGGCAAGAAUACGGCUCAGCAGUUCGUGUCGGAUUACAAUUACGAUGUGAUCAAGAUCAAUAUCCGGCCGAGCGAGGAUCACGGCGCCGCGUUAGGGGCAACUGCGAGCCUGCAAGAGGUACUGAAGACACACUGUGUCGCGCAAUCCUUCUGCAACGACAACGUUAAGCAGCUGAGCGUGUCCCGAGAAAAUGCACCGACGGAGAAGAGCGUGUCGGACUUCGGCAACGACUGGAUGGAGAAGCGGAGCUGCGGGCCUGCUGUGGACGCUAACGUCUACCAAGGUAUCGAGGCGGGUUGCAUGGAGUCGAGCAACGGUCAACACAUCGCGAAGGAGAGACCGAUGAUGAGUUUAAUGGACAAAGAGAACGACCUGACCGACUUCCAGUCGAUCCAGGACGCGGUGCCGAUUUGCUGCAUGGACACGUCGCUGGAACAACGGCACGACGACAAGCAGAGUCCGCGCGAUACGAAGGAACCGAUCGCCGAGGAUCGAGACAACGGUUCGAAGGAGCAGAGGAGGAUACUGGCCGUGCAGACGUGCGCUAAGAUCUUCCCAAGCGCCACGCCGAAGGAGAAGACUGAGAGGUGCGACGUAUGCGGCUUCCACUUCCCCGACGUCAACAUCUUGACACUGCACCAACAGCUGGUGCACGAGCAGGAGUCGGAGAACGCCUCGGGAGGGAAGGUUCUGAAAAAUUACUCGUGUCACCUGUGUUCGAAAGUAUUCAAGAUGAGAGGCAGCUUGAUGGUGCACAUGAGGGUUGUGCACAUCGGCCAUAAUUUAGGUUCUUUACCUAAAGACGGCCAGAUCGAAGUGGCACACGGCGAGGUCGGCUACAACUGCCCAACGUGCGGGAAGAGAUUCAAGAAAGAGCAACACGUGAUACAGCAUCUGAAAACGCACGAGGGCAAGCAGUGGGAGUGCGACGUCUGCAGCAAGAUGUUCACGACCAAGUACUUCCUGAAGAAGCACAAGCGACUGCACUCGGGCGAGAUGCCGUACAAGUGUAAGAUAUGCGACAAGAGCUUCACCUUCCAACAGUCGUAUCACAAGCACAGGCUCUACCAUAAGGACGACAAGCCUCACACCUGCGCGACCUGCGGCAGAUCGUUCAAGGAGCUCUCCACGUUGCACAAUCACGAGAGAAUACAUACCGGGGAGAAGCCGUUCGCGUGUGAGACAUGCGGGAAGUGUUUCCGCCAGCGUGUUUCGUAUUUAGUCCAUCGUCGAAUUCACACGGGAGUGAUGCCUUAUAAGUGCACAAUGUGUGGCAAAAGCUUCCGAUACAAGGUGAGCCAACGAACGCACAAGUGUCCCGCGCAGGCAGCACCGGUUGGUGCAGCGCAGCAAUCGCCGGACGCGAUUGCACAAAAGAAUAACGACGAGACGACCAGGCUGCAGGCUAACAACACUUUACAACAAUCCGUAGGGGAAUCGAUGAUUAAUACCGUUGAUAAGGAGGAGAACAAAUUUGUACUUAUAAUAAAUGCUGAAGGACAACAUGUUCUAGCACUGCAGUCGGAGAUAAACAAUAUAUCUACGGAGAAAGAAGGAGGAAAGCUGGAAGGCGCCGAUAACACAGACAAAAAUUCGAGAAGCAAGACGUGGAGCACUGACGAUCUUGAUUCCUUCAAGCUCAAGGAGCCUUCUGAAACAAUCGAGAAGACGCAGUCGGAGAAGAUAAAUAUGAAAAACGACUUUCUCUCGCUGAUGAUGUCGCGUCUUGAGAACAGCGUGUCCUCUUCCACCUUUGAAAUGGAACAUCUGAGAGUAUCAUCGCCCAAGCAGAAAGAGAAUUUGAUAGACUCUUAUACUGACUUUUCGCAGAUCUCUGAUAACGCACAGAUGAAUAUCGUGGAUUCAAGAGUGGAGCAGAACCUUACUCGCGACAAGGACGUGUCCGAUUCUUUGCAAACCAUAAACGUAGAAUCAUUGAAGGAAUUACUGUACAGUAUUGAUAGAAAAUAAAGCGACUGUGUGUGUAUAUACAUAUAUAUAUAUCUGUGUAAUGUAAAAGUACAAACUAACGUUACGUUAACGUCGUCUAUCGAUCGUAGAUCAAUAUAUAGAAAAGCAAAGGAUAUUUAUUCUAAUUCUAACAUACAUGAACAAACAUACACGAUUGUAAUUACGUUUCGCCAACUUUGUACAUGAACCACAUGUAAACUGGACUAAUGAAAACAAUGAUGUCACAUUUCUAUAUCGACAGUAAAUUGAAUUGGAUAUUUUAUUUCAUA